AUGUCUUUCCCAUCCCAACCAGCAUUCAUCUACGAGGGCGGCUGGUCCGACGAGACACGUAAGCACCCAGCGUCUAAAUGGCUCGAGAACUACACUACCAAGGUGAUCGACACGGGUCUCCAAGGCAAAUCCGCAGAUGGCAUAGGCCACACAAAGGACUGGACCUACCAGAAGUCCACUGGCGAAGUCAUCGAGGGUAACGAGAAAGCGUGGAAAGCGCUCCAAGAGACUUACGCACCAUUCAAGGAGCAUCUGCAUGAUCCCAAGCACGUGGCCAUCUGGGAGACCAAAGAUGGUUGGGCUAUGUACGGCGUGGCGUCCGUGUAUUAUAAGUUGCAGGUUCCUGGCGAGGGAGGUGUCAAGGGUCCUCACGGGAAGGAGUGGGAUGGUGUAUCACCUGGAGCUUUCUACUUCGAUAUUGUCAAGGCGGGUGGAGACAAACUUCAGCUCAGAAGGACGAAUAUCUUCAACGACCCUAGCGCAGCACUCGUGCAGAUGUUGAAGAGAGGUAUGUUGAAACCGGAGCAAUUGAUGGGUUGA